AUGUGGAAGCUUUGGUUCAUCUGCACCUUAAUUUCGCUUCUCAUCUGCCUCUGCUCUUCCGUGGCUAUAGUUGCUGCUGCUCAAGGAUCAAGGACCCGACACAGUAAAUGGCUGACACUUAGCGGUAAGCCACCUUUGGUCAUAGCAAGAGGUGGGUUUUCGGGGGUUUUCCCGGAUUCAAGUUCUUAUGCGUAUCAGCUGGCGGUGGAGACUGGCUUGCCCAAUUUACACCUAUGGUGCGACGUGCAGCUUACCAAAGACGGGCAUGGUGUCUGCCUUCCAGAUGUCAGGCUCGAAAAUGCUUCGGACAUCGACAGUGUGUACAGUGAUAGGCGCAGUACUUAUUCUGUGGAUGGAGUCCCGCUUCAAGGAUGGUUUUCCAUGGAUUUCACCUUAAACGACCUGCGACCCGUCAAUCUGAAGCAAAGGAUAUACACCCGAGCCCCGAAUUUUGAUGGUACUCCAAUGGAAAUUCUUACGCCCAAUGAUGUGAUCAGUCUGGCAAAACCGCAAGGAUUAUGGUUAAGUGUUCCGCAUGAUGCAUUUUUUAGCCAACAUAAUCUGAGCAUGAGGAGCUACAUUGUUUCGGUAUCUAAACGCAUGGUAGUCAAUUAUAUUUCAUCUCCUGAGGUGGGUUUCCUGAGAAGUAUCACGUCGCGCUUCAGAACGAGCCCGACAAAGCUUAUAUUUCAAUUUCUGGGGCCUGAUGAUAUAGAGCCUACGACCAACCAAACAUAUAGCUUUCUUAUAAAGAAUUUCAAACUUAUCAAAGAAUUUGCAACAGGAAUUCUUGUUCCAAAGAAUUACAUAUAUCCUGUAGACAACAGCCUCUAUUUACAGAAUUACUCGUCUCUUGUACUGGAUGCACAUAAAGCUGGCUUGGGAGUUUUUGCAUCCAAUUUCAUGAAUGAUGCACCUUUACCGUAUGAUUACAGCUAUGAUCCCGUGUCCGAGUAUCUAUCUUUUGUUGACAACGGUCGAUUUUCUGUUGAUGGUGUGCUGUCUGACUUUCCAAUAACACCAUCUGCAGCCAUAGAUUGCUUCUCUCACAUGGGCAAAAAUAAGACAGUGCAAGCGGAACUUUUGAUUAUAUCUUCUGAGGGAGCUAGUGGAGAUUAUCCUGGUUGCACUGACAAAGCUUACGCUAAAGCUGUAUCUGAUGGUGUUGAUAUACUUGACUGCCCUGUUCAAAUGACAAAUGACGGGGUACCAUUUUGCUUGGGGUCAAUUAACCUCAGGGAUAAAACAAAUGCCGCUGAAUCAAAUUUCAGUAACAUGGCAACAACCAAUUCUGACCUAAACAUAACGGACGGAAUUUUCACAUACAAUCUCUCUUGGAGCCAAAUUCAGAUGCUAAAACCUGCUAUUUCUAAUCCAUUUUCGAAGUUUAGACUCUAUCGAAAUCCAAGAGCCAGAUAUGACGGAAAGCUAAUGCAACUAUCUGAUUUUUUGGAAUUCUCAGAAAACGAAUCUUCUGUCUCUGGAGUGUUGAUAAGUAUAGAGAAUGCUGCCUAUCUAGCUGAAAAACAGGGAUUAGAUGUAACGAGAGCGGUUUUGGAUGCUUUGGCGAAGGCUGGUUAUAAUAAUCAGACAGCCAAGAAGGUCAUGAUUAAAUCAAGUGAUAGUGCGGUGCUCUCGAAGUUUAAGUAUAGCGGCAAAUAUGAGCUCGUUUACCUAGUUGAUGAGGAUGUCCGUGACAUCUUGAACUCAACUAUCUUGGAGAUAAAAAGAAUCGCAAACUCUGUGGUCAUCUCUAAAAAAUCUGUCUUUCCUUCCGAUCACCUCUUUCUCACUGGUGAAACAACAAUUGUUCCUAAGCUGCAGGCCUUCAAGCUCCCAGUCUACGUUCAAUAUUUUCGGAAUGAGUUUGUAUCUCAACCUUGGGACUUCUUCUCAGACCCAUAUGUGGAGAUUAACACCCAUGUCUUUUAUAUGGGAAUUAAUGGUGUCAUUACGGACUACCCUGGAACAGCUUCUAAGUUCAGAAGGAACCGUUGUCUAGGAUAUGAAAGUCCACCACCAUACAUGUCUCCUGUUCAGCCAGGGGGUCUUAUUCCCAUUAUGGCAACCACAUUCUUGCCUCCCGCUCAGCCUCCGAACCCUAUUCUGACAGCAAACGAUGUCGUCGAGCCUCCUCUGCCUCCUGUCGUGCAGAGGCCUCCCACUGUUGGAAAUCUUAGUGGCUCGGUUGCACCUGGUCCAGUUCGCCCACCCAACGGGCAGCCUACAAUCAUUAGAAGCUCUAAACUUGGUGUUUUUUUGGCUGUCCUUGUAUCUAUUCUCUGGCUAUCAGGUUAA